GUGGACAUCUUGAAGAACAGAUCUGAAGUUUUACUUCAUGACCAUGCGGGAGAUUAAAGAAGAAGACUUUGAUGAUUUUCGCCAAGAGUAUUCAAGUCGACCUCGAGAGGAUGAUUCAACCAGCAAAGAAGAAAUGAGUCCCGCAAUAAAAAUGGAAGAGUCCAAUGUGACAGAAAACAGUCAUGAUGGUAUGACGUCUAUCAGGAAGGAAUCAUCCCAACUGGUUACAAUAAAGAAGGAGAUCAAAAAAGAAGACGUUGAUGAUUUUCUCCAAGAGUAUUUGUGGCAACCACGGCAGGAUGAUUCACCCAGCACAACAACCUGCAAAGAAGAAAUGAGAUCUGAUAUGGACAUUAAAGAGGAAGAGAUGUCCAAUGCUAUAGGAAACUGCUAUGAUGGUAAGAAUAUUUCCAGCAAGGAGUCAGAAUCAUCCCUACUGGUCACAUACAAAAAGGAGAUCAAAAGAGAGGACUUUGAAGACUCCUCGCAGAGAACACAAGAAAAUGAUGAAACAAAGUCAUCUUUCUAUAAGGAAGAAAAUUGUUCAUCCGUGGAUAUUAAAGAGGAAAUUCACCAUAACCUAAUCGUGAAUGGCAAAAAUGCCAUGUCCCCUACAAAUAUUGUCUUUUUUUAACCAGGUGUCCCUGCGGUCAACAUGCAUGAUGGGAGGACACUUCAGUGCACCACAUGUGGAAAGGUGUUUAAACAUGCAGGACAUCUAAGGAGACACCAGAGGCUUCAUACUCAUUCUGGUGAAAAGACUUACCCUUGUAAAACAUGUGGAAAAUAUUUUGCAACAAAUACACUCUUCAGGUACACCUGAAAAUUCAUACUGGAGAAAAGCCUUUCCCAUGUACAGCAUGUGGAAAGACUUUUCUACGAAAAGAUGUUCUUCAGAGACACCUGAUCAUUCAUACUGAUGAAAAGCCUUUUCCUUGUACAACGUGUGGAAAGGAUUUCACAAAAAAAUGUGAUCUCCAAAAACACCUGAUGAUUCAUACUGGAGAAAGGCCUUUUCCGUGUAUAACAUGUGGAGAGUCAUUCAGAGAUGGAAGCACUUUAAGAAAACACCAGAUGAUUCAUACAGAUGAAAAGCCAAAUACAUGUAGUAUAUGUGGUAAGUCCUUCAGAGAAGUAAGCAGUUUAAAGAGACACCAGAGGAUUCACACCAAUGAAAAGCCUUACCUUUGUACCACAUGUGGAAGAGCUUUUAGAGUGGCAAGCGAUUUAAGGAGACACCAGGUGAUUCACACUGGUGAAAAGCCUUACCAAUGUGCCACAUGUGGUAAGGCCUUUACACAGGCAGGUAAUUUAAAAAUUCACCAGAGUACCCACACUGGUGAAAGGCCUUACCAAUGUGCGACAUGUGGAAAGGCCUUUACACAGGCAGGUGCUUUAAGAUAUCACCAGACGACCCACACUGGAUAAAAGUCAAUGUAGUAGAUUGGUCAGAUAUGGAUGAACAUUAUUCAGAAUGUAACAUUAUUAGAAUGCUUAAUAUGUAUCUAACAUUAUUUCACUGCUAUAACACGAAGGAAAAAUGCAAUUUCUUGAAAGGUCUUUUUAAGUAUCUUUGUGUGCUCUGACAAGACAAUGGUCCUGAAUACUUUACUUCCCUGUUACCUUUAAGACAUACUUUUCAAAAAUAGCUAAAUAAUUAAACUGCUCUCUAUUUAAAAUAACAUGCAGAAAUUCGGACCACCACUUAGAAACAUUGUUUUAGACAUCCUCUCAUGAAUUUAAGGAUAUAUGUUAUUUUGUUUUGAAGAAACAUGUUGUAUGUGAUUCCAUGUAAAAUAUGAAUGUUUUGCACUCUGUAAAUAUGUACCACUAUGGACUAUAUGUAAAUGAUUACUGUGUAUGUGGAAGUGACUGAGACCACAAGUGGAUAUAGUAGUAAAAAUAUUUCCUUUGUUGUGUUUGCCCAUGAAACAUGUUAUCAGUAGAUGCUAUUGUGCAUAUGCAUAUUUAUAUAUCUUUGACUGAACCAAUGUAAUACCAUGCUGAGAAGAGAUUCUUGGCUGUAAGGUGCUUCUCCUGUUGCUA